AUGACUACUCUUCAAGAUCUUUUGGCUGGGGAGAGCAGCAGCCCCAUCACUUCUUACAAUGUGAACCGCUCCGACACGACGUGUGCCAUUGCUCAAGCAGAAUUAAGUGCUGAAAUCAACGCUUACUACACCGUAGCCAAUCCUUCGGGUCAGAGAGCUGGCGGGAUGGCAGUAAUAACGCAAAGGAGAAAAAGAACGACCUUUACGCAAAAGCAGAUAGAAGUUUUGGAACGGGUGUACGCCACUUCCAUGUAUCCGGAUAUCUACGUGCGAGAGAGGCUGGAAAAGGUCACCGGCCUCCCAGAGUCCAGAAUUCAAGUUUGGUUCCAGAACAGACGUGCCAAAUCUCGCCGUCAAACAGGAACUUCAUCUGUCCUUAAAAGGCAGAACAGUCCCAUCAGUGCUACAGCUAUGCCAUUUGCCCAGCUCCAAAAUCAAACACAGCCUGGACAAUAUUUCAGAUCUCUACCGAGCAAUUUCAAGGACGAACUACAAACCAAAGCACGUUUUUCAGAACCACAGGUCCCUCUACAGAAGAAUGAUAGCAAAACUCUUGCGCACGUCUUGAUGGAUUAUGAUAAUUUCCCACCCAACAAGACAAUUGGACCGGAAAUGAAAGUGGCAAUUCCUACCUCUGCAGACCUAUUUGGAUCGUCACCGAAACCUCUUGUGUACCCAGGCCACCAAAUGAAACCUAUCAACCCCAGUCAUUUUUUUUCUCCCCAGUAAUGUAGAAAGAGGAGACAGUUUUCUGAUUCUGACUCUGGCAAGGACAGUGUCAUCAUUUCUGGGGUUGUGGAUUUAAUUUUGACAAGGAAUGGGGAUUUAGCAAG